AUGGCAAAAUUCCGACCAAUAAAUUUAACCAAAACUGAGUGUAAGGUCAUCGAUUCGAACCUCGUAAAUAUUAAAGUCUGUGGGGUGGAGAGAAAAAAUUCCAGUGAACCCGUUAUCAAUAUUCAUGUCCAGCUUUUAAAGAGGAUCAACAGUAUUGUGAUAAAUGCCAAGCUGUAUCGCAAAAUUGGCAAGAAAGUCCAACCGUUUCUCUACAACGAUGUCAUCGAUUUUUGCAACAUUCGCAGUAAGACAUUGCGUGGGAAUUUCUGGUCCACAUAUUAUGAUAAAUUUUCAAAAUUUACGAACAUGAAUCAUUCGUGUCCCUAUGAGGAUGACAUUAUUGUCCGCAACAUGACCUUUGAUGAUGAGACUUUCCAAAUUUUCCCCAUGCCCAAAGGGAAAUACAUGAUCGAAUGGAUCUAUGUUAUGAAUGGCAAUCGGGCCUGUCAGAUACAAAUGUUUUGUGAUCGUCUUUGA